UCCUCUUUUUAUGUCUCUCCUCUUCUUCUUCCUCCCCCCUCUUCUUGUCCCAAAGCGCUCUCUCUCUCUCUCUCUCUCUAGAUCCUAGUCAGAAAACUGACUGGCUCUUGUGCUUGCUGUUUGGAUCGAGAUAUGAGUAGGUAAUUGUAUUGGAUUUGUUCGAUUUGAGAAGUGAGAGGUAGCUAAGUUAAGCUGAGGGUAGAGAAGAUCAGAUUCAGUAAUUGCUUCAGGAUUUGAUGGUUUCUGCAGCUAUGGAUUUACAGGAUCAAAGUGGAGGCUCUACAUCAAGUGGAGUUCUUCCAACAGUGAACGACUAUGCUCUGAAGGUGAGAAAACCUUACACAAUCACAAAACAAAGAGAAAGGUGGACAGAGGAAGAACAUGACAAGUUUAUCGAGGCUUUGAAGCUCUAUGGACGCUCAUGGCGACGAAUUGAAGAGCAUGUGGCCACCAAAACUGCAGUUCAGAUUAGAAGCCACGCUCAAAAAUUCUUUUGCAAGGUGGUUCGGCAGUCAAGCAAUGCUGAUGCAAGUCCAGUAAAGCCUAUUGAGAUUCCUCCCCCUCGUCCAAAGAGGAAACCUGCACAUCCUUAUCCUCGUAAACUUGUUGCUCCUGUUAGAACUGGAACCUUGGUUUUAGAGCAACAAACAAGGUCCACAUCUCCAAAUUCGUAUGUGUCCGAUCAAGAGAACCAAUCUCCAACUUCAGUUCUUUCUGCAAUCGGUUCAGAAAUGAUGGGUACAAUGGAUUCAAAUACACCUAAUGGUAGCCUUUCACCAGUUUCAUCUGCUGAUGGCUGCUUAGGUUGCGAACCAAAUUCUUCGUCAGAAGAAGCUGGAUCUCUGUUACAGAUUAAUACAUCAACUAGUUCCUCCCCUGAUGAGGAAGCUCCCAUGAAUUUGGAGGUGUUUCCUGAAGACAAGGCUAUUAGUGAAGAUGGGUCAGCUGAGGCAGGAGGAUCUACCCGGACUUUCAAGCUCUUUGGGAAGAAUGUGCUAGUCACAGAUUCUAACAAGCCAAGUGAGGCAUUUUGUGAGUCGCCACCGCCUUCUGACAUGAGUGAUGGGAAACAUGUACAUUCUUUACCAUGGGGAUUUUCAGACAUGAGUAUGGAGGAGGGAAAAUGGAAUCCUCCUAGUGGAUUGCCUGCAGCAUUUUGCUACAUGCAGUUUCCAAAUGAAAACCGGAAUCCAGCAGAUGGUGUUUCCAGUCCUCCUCUCCCUUGGUGGGCUUUCUAUGGAAACGUACCAUUUGCUUCCUUUCCAUUGCAUAAUCCUGUUCCAAUGAAAGCAUGUCCAUCAUUUGUUUGCACGCAAACCCGAGACAGAGAAGUUCAGAACGAAGGAUCUCGGACUGGUUCAAACACUGGAUCAGUGAAUGCAGGGGGAGAUGGUGAUAAGAAUUGGGAAGUUGAGACCCAAAGUCGAUGCGUUUCUUCUGAAAAGGAGGAAAAUGUGCAACAAUCAAAACUCCAAGGUAAAAAUAGCGAAAAUUUAUCUUUCUCAGAGCAAAGAAUGGCUCUUGAUAAAUGUUUGAAGGGGUUUGUACCGUAUAAGAGAUGCGUAGCCGAGAGAGACACCCAAUCGUCAACAAUAGCUUGUGAUAAGAGGGAAGAGCAAAGAAUCCAACUUUACCUAUAGCGGUCAUUCCUGGAGGUCUGUUAGCAGUUAGCACAAUUAACUUCGUUAGCAGAAUUUUCUUCAACGAUUUGAGGGCCGAUUCGUGUACAGUUGAAUUCGGGUACAGUUGAAUCACCAACUGUUUGCAGUUUAAGCAGCCAAUUAUGCAGCUUUGCAAAGGUCUAAUUCUUGCCUUCUUUUUGCCUCGGCGUCUGUAAUGGCUCAAUUUUUUUUCGGCAUCAAGAUGCGGCCGUCUUUUGUAAUUAUUUUCCUUUUCAACAUGUUUAUUCCCACUUCGCUCUUUAGGUAAUUUUUCUUUCUAGGCUAUGCCCAUCGGAAAAUGUCAUCACUUGAACAUAAAUUUAGAAGUUCUGACGUGUUGAGCUGUGUUUGAUUUCUGUAUAUUAAUGCAGCUUAGACAGUAUUCAACUGAAA